GAUGAAUAAGCCAACAGAGUGUAAUAUAUAGGCUAAAAUGAGGAAGUGUUGAUUUAAAUCUAUUUCACAAAAGCAACAUUGCCAUUAUGAAUCACUUGUAAACAUAUUUAAGUGGAUGUGGAUAUGGUACAAAGACAAACGCCAUGAUUGAAAUAAACAAACAAUUUUCUUCCUAGUUAUUUUUUGAAAUAAUAGGUUUCUUCUUUCUAAUGGCAUUUAAGGCGUAAACACUCUUGAAAAGAAGUAAAACACAACGACAUCUUUAUACACUGUUAUCAGUAUAUCAGUAUACACUUGAAAUAUUUCAUUCUGCAUGUUAGAAAUUGGACGGAUAUUAAUUGUGAUGAAUUUAACUUAUUUUUUUUAACAACUGAUGGAAUUUAUUUGUCUUUUUUAUCAGCAGUGGAAUAAGUGUUAGCCUAUACAAGAAACAAGAUGAAAAAAUACUAAUGCCACUAGUGGAAAUAGUUAACAGAAUCUCAUUCUUUCUUGAGUAUACAAAACAUUAGUUUUAACAGAGUAAGAAUAUGAAUUAAUAGGCUAAUACAAAAGACUCAAUGACAUUUUUUGAUCUUACGCGUUUCUUUAAAUUUUUGUGAAAACUUGGAUAAUCUAAUACACAAGUAUUGGUUUAAACAGUAUUUAUUUAGAAAACUGCACAUAUAACAAUAUACAUGAAUUUGUACAUGAAUGGAUUAGAAAAUAAGUUUACAAAAACUUAUAUGAAUUCUUCUCCAUAAUACACAAGUAUUGUACUUUUUAGACAGUUUUUUUCAAUUAUUUAUACAAUAACUCGACAGGACAUAUAUCUAAACAAUGUUCAGCAAAAAUCUCUCGAUAACCGAAUUAAAUCUCGAGGAAGCAAAGCAAUAUAUCGGUGGUGUGGUUUUUGUUGCCAUAAUCAUGGCUGUUGGAUUUGUUGGAAACUUGCACGUACUUCUCGUGUACGCCUUCCGCAUGAAACCUUCAAAUCACAGAAUAUUUAUUUUGGUACUAGGAGUACUUGACUUUAUCACUUGUAUUGUUGGAAUGCCAUUUAUCAUCGUAGACCUGAGAAACCCCCUGACCUUCACCAUAUCACCCGCGUGUAAAAUCCUCCGGUUUAUAAACUACUUUAUAUGUUCGGCAUCUGCUUUGACACUUCUUGUGAUAGCAACAGACAGAUACCGGAAGAUAUGUGUUCCACUUGGGCGCCAAAUUUCACAGCGGAUGGCCAAGAUGCUGUGCCUCCUUGUAUUGUUCAUUGCUUUGUUGAUUUCAUGGCCAGCACCAGUCUUGUACGGCCUAGCCACAGUCCAAACCUCGGACCCAAACAUUAACGGUACAAGAUGUUAUACCGAAGACAAGGAAAAUUUCGCAAAAUACCAAGGUUACUUUAAUGCAUUGUUGAUUCUAAUUGUUGUCGUCUGCUUCAUUGUUCUCGUUGUGCUCUACACGUUGAUCUGGCGAGUAAUUGUCAAACACAGUGGACAGAAAGGCCAGGCAAUUACGGACCGUCCCGAAGAAUCUUCGUCAAACGUUCAAGUUACUAAUAACACCACUGAUACCUUUGAAAUGACUUCCGGGACAGUCAAUUCAUCGGGAAGCGAUACAGAAGAGAAAGUUGCUCGACAAUUCUUGCCGCCAGAAAAGCAGGUUUAUGUUGUGGACAAACACAGCCACUGUGAAGAUGACAAGAAUAAGGGCAAGAAAACGGGGAAGUCAAAGAAAGCACAGAGACAUCAUCAGCAGAGUUCUGACAGGUCCAGAAAAACAACGUUUAUGUUUCUUGCGAUUACUGUUGUGUUCUUUAUGAGUUAUGUCCCCCAUCUGAUCCUCAAAAUUGUUACAUUCAUGAACAAAAGUUUUGUUCCCCAAAUGUCUUUUACAGAAAAGGUGGUUUACAAUACCUUCAUUUGGUGUUUCUUCAUCAACAACAUGGCAAACAGUUUUAUCUAUGGGGUUUUUGACUCGCGGUUCAAGAGUGAAGUGAAAAACAUGUACAGCAACCUGUACCGUCUUGCUCGACUUAGAGUAUAUAGAUAAAUACAGAUUACUCUGGUUGUUUGCUUUGAAGCUUAAACAAAUAAUCAGAAGUAAGCAUUUUGGAAUAGUUGAUUUAAUUCGCAUAAACUAUUUUAGCAAAAUAGUAUUAAGACGAAUUUGUAAGUCAUAAGCAUUGGUAUUGUGCAAGUAUAAAUUCUCUUGUUUAAUUCACAUACUUUCACAGAACAUAAACAUUUCUUUUGAAUCAUUUUUCCAGACUGAGAAAAAGAACAUCAAAUUUAUACAUUUUCAGUUUAGUUAAACAACACCUUUUUUAAGUUCUGAAGAAGUAUCAACAAUUACCUAAUACUUGGAUAUGAUUAAUUUGUAUGCAAAUAAUAUCUACUGAAAUACAUACAUGUAAAAUUAA